CCCGCAGCUCUGCCCGACAACCGCGCGGAAAGGGACGCUCUCCGCUUAGCUUCUGCGCCUUUGUCCGACGGGACGGGCUGGAAGCAGGGAGGCGGCGACCACGGCGGCAAACACCUCACAAGUCUUCCUGCCCCCCAGACAGACCCAGCCUCAGCAUGACGCUCUACAAUGGCAUCUACCCCUUUUACCCCCAACCGCGGAAGCCCUUUGUCUUUGAUGUGGAUACCAUCAUUGUCAUUAUCGUCUUCCUUGUCUUUGGCUUCUGCUUCCUCCUUAUCCUUCCUGGAAUUCGAGGCAGAGCGAGGCUAUAUUGGCUUUUCCGGGUCAUCGCAAGCCUUUUUAUCGGAGGGGUAAUUGUCGCUGUUCAGUUUACCUCGGACUGGGAGAGAGCACAGGUGACAGCCAACACCUCCUACAAGUCUUUCAGCAAUGCAACGGUUUAUGCAGAUAUCGGAUUGCGUGUUGGUUUGGCUGGAGUCAACGUCACGCUAGUUGGAAGCCCUGUGGAUCAACUCAAUGAAACUAUUGACUAUAAUGAGCACUUCUCUUGGCUGUUUGGAGACAACUAUGACAACGAGUUCAGUGAAGGCUUGGAGCGGGGACUGCCCAAUCCUAUACUCUAUGUGGCGGAGAAGUUCACUGGGAACAGUCCCUGUGGUCUGCAUUCCCUCUACAGGAUUGCAGGACACUAUGCAUCAGCUACCCUCUGGGUUGCCUUCUGCGCGUGGCUUGUCUCCAACAUGCUCUUCUCCAUGCCAGUCCCAGUGUACGGUGGCUACAUGAUCCUCGUCACAGGAGCCUUUAUCAUCUUCGCACUCCUCUCUUUCUCCACUGGGAGGAGCUCUUCAUGCGUCAUGCAGUUUGGCCACGCCUCCUUGCAGCUCGCCUAUGGCACAUCUUUCUGGCUCACGCUUGCCACAGGGCUGCUCUGCUUCCUGAUUGGCAUAGUGGUCAUAGUCCUGCACUAUGCCUGCCCCAUCCUUCUCAAAGCCUUCUUUGACCUGUGCGAGGAUGAAGAGGAAGACGAGGGCAUGCUGGGAGAAGUCUACAUCAACCCCCACGUCAUCUCUCGAAUGCAGCACAGUCCUUCCCAACCCAAUUUCAGGCUGACCAUCACCAACAGCUAGAGCAUGGCUUGAUCACCGGCCUUGAUGGUCCUGUUCUAUUGACAGGGAUAUUAACUGCAAUCUGCCCUGGCUCAGCCAGUAGACAAGAAUGACUCUGUCCUGUGCUCUGGCCCUGGAAAGGGCAGCUGGAAUCAAGGCUUCUCUUGCUACCUGUAGCCUUUGGCAGCUACAGUUCAGGAGUCUAAAUUUUAUUAAGUCUGAAGAACAAUCAGAAACCUUGAGGAGUUAGUCAUGCCACUAGCAAUGGGAGGAGCAUGGUGACCACACAGGUAGAGGACAAUAGGGUCCUGUUAGAGAAGGCCAGCUGUAAAGGAAAGCUCCAUUAAGCUACUGCUAUCAGGAGGGGAAAGGCCAUAGCUCAGAGCAUCUGCCUUGUAUGAAGAAGGUUUAAUCCCCUGCAUCUCCAAGCAGGGCUGGGAGAGACCCCUGCCUAAAAGCCUUGGAGGGGUGGCUGCUGCCACUCAGCGCAGGCAGUACUGAGCUGGAUAGACCAAUGGUCUGACUUGGUAUAAGGCAGCUUCCUAAGUCCUUACGAGGGAGUUUCCAGAGGCAAAUCCCAUCCAGGGCGCCCUGCUGGCUAGGGUUGCCCCUAACUGCAAUACCAAGUGAAUGUGGAAAGGAGUCUUGUGCAUGACACUGGGCCCCUCUAGGGCCUGUGUCUCCAGCUCUGUUUCUGAGCUGCUUCCAGAAAAAUGCAGUGUUCUCACCUUCCUUUGUUCCCGUGUAGAUUUCCUGCCCCCCUGCACCGCCCCCUUGCCCUCCAACAUUGUGGAGUUCAGCACCUCCAAACUAGCCUGCAGGCUGAGCAAGGAAGCAUGUAUUGGAAGCUGGCCAAUUGCUCCAUGCACGGUCGUCACUGGCCCAAGGGGGCUGCUGCAAGAUGGCAGCCUUCUUGCUAGUCAGCUCAGCGUUACAGAAAAUGUUGAGCUUUUCCAGGGUACUUUGGGAUGUCAAGAGGUGAUCUUGAGUCGUCCAAUUUUGUGCUGCUCGUGAACACGCUCUGCCUGCAAUUGUGUGGGCCUCGAGCGUGGCUUGCAAGCUGCCUUUUCAGCUGAGUGGGCGUCCUCACUUGAAAUUCAUUUGUGCAAAGGGCAGCAUCCAUCAGUAUGAAAGCCUUGACAGAAGCGUCAGUCCAUUGCUGCUGCUGCUUCUUCUCUCCAUGUCCAUGCUGCUUCUCUCCCCUGCAGAGAUGUAGGGGAUGCUCUGAAUCAGCAAAAACGGGGUGGGAUUAUGAAUUUCUUAGUCCUUUUCUUUAGAUCUGGGUUACUCUCAUGCCUAACUAUGUUUAACCAUUGCCACAUUCUGUGUGCAUGACUUCAAAGAUCAAUGGUUUUUUUUUGUGGGGGGAAGGCAUGCAUUCUGUUUCCUUUCCCUCUGUAGGAAGGCAGAGGGACAUGUUACUGUAGAAUGCCCAAGUUCUGAAUGCGUUACCGAUGGACACUGUGGUUCUCUUGCAGGCAGAGUAGUAAUGUUCCACAAGAGGGAGGCCAGAGAUAUGUAGGCCUCUAGAGUACCUGGCAAGCGGUUUUCUCUAGCGCUAGAAAGUUCCUAUUGGAUCUCC